AUGAAAGAGAUAUGUGAACAAUUCAAAAUUACCCACCGUAAUUCAACUGCAUAUCUUCCUCAGAUGAAUGGAGUUGUGGAAGCUGCUAAUAAGAACAUCAAGAGGAUACUGAGAAAGAUGAUUGACAACUACAAAUGUUGGCAUGAAAAUCUGCCUUAUGCUUUGCUAGAAACAGUGAUACCAGCUGAAGUUGAGAUACAAUCUUUAAGGAUUAUUCAGGAAGCUGAAUUGAGCGAUGCCGAAUGGAGAAUAACUCGUGCAUUCAACAAGAAAGUAAGAGUUCGAACAUUUGAGGUAGGCCAAUUGGUGUUGAAACACAUAUUCCCUCAUCAAGAGGAAUAUAAAGGGAAAUUUGCACCUAACUGGCAAGGACAGUAUGUCGUACACAAAGUACUAUCAAGAGGAGCUUUGGUUCUAGCAGAGAUGGAUGGUCAGCUGUGGCGCAAAGCUAUCAAUUCAGAUGCCGUUAAGAGAUACUAUAUUUGA